AUGGAUUUUACUGAUACACGUAGUUUUCGUUCCAUAAAUUGUAUUGUUAAUUCAUGUUUGAUUAGUUCAAGUUUUCUUGGUGGUCCAUCAUCAAAAACAAUGAUAUCUAUGACUGGUGGUGGAACUAUUAUUCAACCAGAAUAUUCAAUGAAUCAUCCACAAACAUCAAUAGGUUUAACUGGUUCUGAAUAUUGGAAAAUAGAACGUGUUGUAGCCUUAACCAUGCUUGCUAUCAUUCCAAUCUCAUUUAUAUUUAGUUCAAUGUUUAUGAAUUAUUUAUUGGCUGUUUCACUUGCUAUUCAUGCACAUUGGGGAAUGGAUGCAGUAUUAAUUGAUUAUUGUCCAAGAAAAGCAUUACCAUUAGCUAAUAUUAUUCGAUAUAUACUUACAACAAUUGCUUUUGCUGGACUUUGUUAUUUUAAUUAUAAUAAUAUGGGUUUGAUAAAAGCACUGAAAGCACUAUGGACUAUGUAUUAA